AUGCAACGAUCAGUCGCGUCACAACUUGUACGACACAAGAUCGUUACACAGUAUCGGGUAGGCGCGUCUACCAGUCGCGCGUUUUCAACAUCUCUGAAACGAGAUGUCGACUUCACGCAUGCGGUCAUAGGUGGCGGCGCCGUUGGGCUUGCGAUCGCCCGAGAGUUGGCUAGUCGCGAAGGUACAUCAACUCUACUGAUAGAAAGGCAUGGGAGCGUCGGGACAGAGACUAGUAGCCGCAACUCCGAGGUCAUACAUGCCGGUCUGUACUAUGGUCCGGAUACGCUGAAAACAGAGCUGUGUAUGAAGGGCAAGCACAUGCUCUACGACCUCUGCCGCAAACACUCCAUCCCGCACCGGAACACCAAGAAGUGGGUCGUGGCUCAGGAUGAGCAGCAAAUGGCCGCCCUCGGGAAGAUCGACUCCUUCGCAUCAACAAUAGAUGUGCCUACGCGCUUCUUACCCCGGAAGGAGAUCGAAGAACGGGAGCCCGACAUACGCGCCGAGGCAGGCGUUCUAGAGAGCGAGAGCACCGGCAUCGUCGACUCCCACGCUCUCAUGGCCUAUCUCGAAGGCGACUUCGUUGAACGCCUGAACGGUUGGCUGGCGGAUCUAUACGCGUCCAACCUCGAGCAUUGGCGACUCAGCCGUCGAAGAGACAUCAUCGAGACAUCAACCCUGAUCAACUCCGCCGGUCUCGGUGCCAUUCCCAUUAACAACCUCAUAUUCCCUGCCGGCGAUGCCCGCAACAGAAAACCCUACUACGCCAAAGGUUCCUACUUCAGCUACGCCGCGUCUCACCCGAAACCGUCCACCCUGAUCUACCCCGCUCCCGUCCCUGGACUGGGAGGUUUGGGAACCCACCUCACUCUCGAUAUGGCAGGUCGUAUUCGUUUCGGCCCGGACGUCGAGUGGACGGACGACCCGACCGACCUGGCACCGAAUGCUUCGAGGCUGGGCGACGCAAUCAAGGCUAUCAAGGAAUACCUUCCUGGGAUUGACGAGGAUGCGGUGGACUUGGACUAUUGCGGAGUGCGGCCGAAGUUGAGUGGAAAGGGCGAGCCGGCCGCGGACUUCUACAUCAAAGAGGAGGAAGGCUAUAGCGGGUUCGUGAACUUGUUGGGGAUCGAGAGUCCUGGGCUGACGAGUGCUUUGGCGAUUGGAGAGAUGGUAGGGAGAUUGUUGUAUGGCAGUGAGAGGGGAGGUGGCGGGGGCAAGGCGGGGACUGAGGACUCGGAUUCGGAUGAUCCGAAAAGGUGGUUCAUGGGGCUGAAGUAG